AUGGGGAACACCGACCUGAGAAAGCUGACGAAGAAGGAGCGACAGGAGGCACGUGAUCGAGGCUCAGUUCCAGCAAGACUGAAGAAGCUGGACGAGGUCUACGACUCGUUCUGCGAUGUGCGUGCUGACAUUGAAAUACUCCUCGAAGAAUGCGACACCGACGAUGAAGAGAUGAAAAAGGUUCCAGCAGCGGUUCGCGAACAGGCCAUGGCGGCCAGAGCCAAGCAACGUAGCGAACAAAGUUCCAAGGUCCUGAAGACGUUCAUUCAACAAUACUUCCGACUGAAACAGACAUUAGAAGCUUUCAUGCACGGACCCGGCUCAAGCAGUCAACUGGCUCCGGCACCAACGAACAACCCACCGACGGCGGCUUCUCCUAUGCGUGUGAAGCUGCCCGAACUGAAGAUUCCGACGUUUCGAGGAUCGCUCAUGGAAUGGGUCACUUUUAGGGACACCUUCAAAACCCUAAUUGUCGACAAUCCACACUUGACCGAUUUCGAUAUGUUCACAUACCUCCGAACUUCGUUGGCGGGAGAGGCGCUACAGCAGAUUGCGUCAAUUGACCUCACUGCGGACAACUACUCCAUAGCGUGGCGCUCACUGGAGUCCCGUUACGAAAACAAGAAGCUCCUGGUGAAGUGCCACAUAGAUGCCCUGUUUGCAGUCAACCCGAUGAAGAAGGAGUCCUUCGAAGCGCUGAAUCACGUCAUCGGCGAGUUUGAGAAGCAUCUUCAGAUGCUGACGAAGCUCGGCGAAAAUACUCAAGAUUGGAGUACACUUCUGGCCCACAUGCUGGCCAGCAAGCUCGAUCCCACAACGCAGCGGCUGUGGGAAACGGAACAUCGCUCAACAGAUGUUCCCAAGUAUGAUGACAUGCUCAAAUUCCUGUUGAACCACAGGACAGUUUUGCGUUCUAUUUCUGGUGAAACAGAACCACCAAAGGAGCCGGAAAAACCCUCGAAGUUCAGUAGCAGUUAUUCGGUUCAGCAACAGGCAUGUCCAUUCUGCAGUGAUGGGCAACAUUGGACGUACCAGUGCAAGCAAUAG